CAGGUGUAAGUCUAGAGCCUCGCCGCCGUUCUUGUGCCUCCAGCCGCUGCGGGGAGAGCAGAGAGCAGAGAGCGCCGUCCGUCGUCCGCUCCGGAUAGAAACGACACCACGACUGGAGCCUCACAGGCGCGUGGAGUAAGAGGAAGAUGUAUAAGAGACGGGAGCGCACGUCUUUCAAUUUUGUUUUUGAUUGUUUUCCCCCCAGGCAGAUAGAUCGACGAGUCUCUUCUUUUCUGUGCGUGACGGCAGCAGCAGCGAAAGCCUUGACGGAGUCCUAUGUCGUCCAUGUUCCGAGGGCGUCUGCGCGUCUGGACGAACGAACAGACAAACGAGUCUGCCACUGCUUGCUUUCCCUUUGCUCCAUCUCCCUGCGCGCCCGGCACGGUAUUCAACGACGACGACGACGACUAAGUAAGAAAGCUUUUUGGAAAAGAAAAGAAAAAAAGGUGAAUCACUGCGAGACUAGCUCCCCCAACAUCCCGCUUGCCGCCACCUGUCUUCAGCAAACCCCCCUCAGCUUUAAGGUUGAGACAAGCAUGCUCAGCAACGGCAACGACAUCAUCGGCUGCCCCCGAUGCAGCAUUUCCGUGUCUGUCAGCCAGCCCCUCAGCGAGUGCUUCAAUUGCGCGGCACAAGCAGCGAGAGCCCUCCCCCCACCCACGUCGGCAUGGAGCCCGUCGACAGUGGCGUCAGACAACGACGACUACGAGCAUGGCAGCUAUGACUACGAAUACGCCGACCCGCCUCCGGCGUACGACACCUUCACCGUUCCUAGGUACCUAGAGGCGCAGAUGCCAGGACCACCACCACGACGCGCCAUCUCGGUGCUGGACCUUCGGGCGACGACCAACCUCGACCCAGGAGAGGGACGGCGCCCUAACGGCGGCGGCAGCCGCUCUUUGCGGUCAGGGGCAGGGGGAGGGGGAGACCACGCGGCGUUCAGACACGGCGGAGAGCACAGCAUCGAGGCGGGCACAAGAGUCUCCGGCGGCGGUGAGCACGGCGGCACCGACACGGACGUCCGGCCCCUGGGAACGACCACGACGACGCCGCUCCUGCAGCUUCGGCCGUUUACAAGGCGGCCGGCGGCGGCAACGGCAGCAUGGGAGCAGGCCAGGACCCUCGCGCGGGCGUGCGGGCUCCUCGUGGCACUCGUCUUCAUCGCCUUUAUGAUCCACGGGCUGGCGCUCAUGGUCGAGCAGGGGCUCCACCAGUCGACCGUCUAAGGGGGGUUCUCGCAGUCACGGCAAAUAUCAAUGUGGCAUCAACGUCUUGUGGACUAUUUUAUUUCUUUUUCUUUCUUCUACGGCGGCGGCGGUGGCGGCGACUUCACGAAGUAGUACGACGGGAUGACAAUUUGGGGGCCGCGUUUUUCCAAGUUUUGUCAUGUUCAACCUCGAGUGCCUUUGCGGGUGGUGGGAAUAAAAAUCAUCAAUGCAGUUUCGUCAGCUGCCCAACGCGUCAAUACACGUGGCUGCCAUCCCUUCACUCGUCCCUUCUCCUAUCCCUUGCAGCUGUGCGUCGUCGAAAA